AUGGACGAUAGGAGCUACGCUUACGACCCGGUCGGGACCGGCGCGCCAGUCAACCAGCAAGCGUACAGGAUGGAGGCGGGACAGCUGUGGCGGCAGUACGUUAUCGCCGGCAUCGCGAACAUCGCGAUCGCCUCAACUGGGUAUUCCAUGGGAUGGACCUCUCCGAUAAACAUAAAGCUCCAAGACCAGAACUUGACCGACUCCCCCCUCCCCGCGCCCCUGGACACCGACGAAUCCGCCUGGGUGGGCUCCCUGCUUCCAGUGGGAGCGAUUUUCGGCCCCUUCAUUGGCGGUUUGGCCGCAUCGAAGAUCGGACGCAAGUGGGGCCUCCUCAGUUCCGCUAUCCCCCUGUUCCUGGGAUGGAUCCUCGUGGCGGCGGCCACCAACGUCGGCUUCCUGUACGGUGGCAGAAUAUUCUGGGGGAUAGCAGUCGGGAUGCUGUUCACAAUAUCGCCGAUGUACUGCGCCGAAAUCGCGACAGACGACGUGCGGGGUGCCCUCGGCUCCUUCCUUCAGGCGUUCAUCACCCUCGGUUUCCUUCUGGUGUACGGGAUCGGGCCCUUCAUAUCCUACAGCGCGGUCGCCUACGUCGGGGUUGCCUUCGUUGCGGUGUUCACUAUCAGCUUCUACUUCAUGCCGGAGAGUCCGAUGUACUACUUGAUGAAGAAUGACCGCGAGUCGGCAGCCGAAUGCCUGAUGACCAUCCGUGGCCGCUCACGAGCGGGGAUCGAAUCGGAGCUCAGCAAGAUGGCGAACGAAGUCAGCGCGUCAAUGGAGAAGACAGCAACGCUCGCUGACGUCUUCCGAGGCAGCAACUUCAAGGCGUUCUACAUCUCCUGCGCUCUAGUCUUCUUCCAGCAGUUGUGCGGCAUCAACGCCGUGCUGUUCUACAUGAACACGAUCUUCAAGUCGGCCGGCUCGGACCUGGACCCAUCCAUCGCUACCAUCAUCAUUGGUGCCGUCCAGGUCGUCGCUUCAAUGAUAACUCCGUUAGUGGUCGAUAGACUUGGAAGACGCAUUCUGCUGCUGGUAUCAACAUGCGGAACUGCAAUUGGAUUGGCUCUGCUUGGCAUGUACUUCCUGCUGAACGAGCAGAAGAGUCCGGUCGUGUCCAGCAUCGGUUUCCUGCCGAUUCUGUCUCUGGUGCUCUUCAUAGUGACCUACUGCUGGGGUCUGGGCCCCCUGCCGUGGGCGGUCAUGGGGGAGCUGUUCCCGAUCGAGGUCAAGGCCGUCGCAUCGCCCAUCGCCACCGCCUUCUGCUGGAUUCUCUCCUUCUUGGUCACCAGGUACUUCGAGCCCAUCGCAAAUGCAGUGGGCAUGUACGUGGCCUUCUGGCUCUUCGGCGUCUGCUGCGUUCUCGGCUUCUUCUUCACGCUGUUUCUGGUGCCCGAGACGAAGGGCAAGAGCCUGCAGGAGAUCCAGGACAUGCUCGCCGGCAGGAAAUCAAAACCAGAGAAGGCA